AUGAGUAAACAGAGCAAAAAGACUCAAAUUUUGAAUCGAAAAACCAUAUCGUCUUCCUUAUUUCUUCUCUGAGAUUUUUACGGCGAGCCUCUAGUCGCUCUUUCCUCGUCAGCCCCAUAAAAAAUUCCCUGACUUUUCUCCGAUAACUUAUAUAUCUCUCUCUCGCCCCAGAAAUUUUCUGUCUCUGUUCGUGAAUAUAGCUGUAGGGUUUCUCGUUUGUCUCUCCUCGACGAAUUUUCCCAUUUGAUUGGUUCGUUUUGGAUCUGAAGAGGUAUUGAUUUAGAUCAAUCUCAAAAGGGUAUUUGUUCGUUUGCUCAAUCGAUCGAGUUUGUUCGUGAGGUUGGUUCGGCUGUGUAAUAAGUAUCUGGAUCUGUCAGAUUAUAAAGACUAGUUUUUUUUUAGGAUUGAGCUAUCGGAAAUGAUUUGAUCUUCAGGUGUGUGGGGGGUUGGAUGAUCAUCUAAGAGUGUUUCGUUGAGGCUGUUAAUGAAUAUUGCUUUAAGAGACGAGGAGAAUCUGCUUUUUAGCUUCUCGUACUCUUUCUUGGGAUUUCUCAGUUUCUCAGGUUUAAGUUUCAAUAAGAGAUCUGCGGCGGUCGUAUACCCUAGAUUUAGAUGGGAUAAGGCGUUUUUUUUUCAGAUUAAAGGAGAGAACGUUCCGAAUUUGACUUAAGUUGUUGAAAUUGAGAUGGGUUCUUCACAAGGCUCCACACUCUCGGCUGAUGUGAUGAGCCUUGUGGAUACAUUGCCUGUGCUUGCUAAAACCCUUAUCGCUGGAGGAGCUGCUGGGGCCAUUGCUAAGACUGCCGUUGCACCUUUGGAAAGGAUCAAAAUUCUUUUGCAGACCAGAACAAACGAUUUUAGGACCCUUGGUGUGUCCCAGUCGCUAAAGAAGGUGUUACAGUUUGAUGGUCCUCUCGGAUUUUAUAAAGGAAACGGGGCGAGUGUUAUUCGGAUUAUUCCUUAUGCCGCCCUUCAUUACAUGACGUAUGAAGUUUAUCGUGACUGGAUUUUGCAAAAAAAUCUUCCUUUAGGUUCUGGUCCAAUUGUUGAUCUUGUGGCUGGUUCAGCUGCAGGCGGAACAGCAGUUUUGUGCACAUAUCCUCUUGAUUUAGCUCGCACUAAGCUAGCUUACCAGGUGUCUGACACAAGACAAGUUGGUGCAAAUGGAUUUUACCGUCAACCUACAUAUUCAGGCAUAAAAGAGGUGCUUGCAAUGGCUUAUAAAGAAGGGGGACCACGUGGGCUCUAUCGAGGCAUAGGGCCAACACUGAUUGGCAUCCUUCCUUACGCGGGCCUUAAGUUCUAUAUAUAUGAGGAAUUGAAAAGACAUGUUCCUGAAGAGCAUCAAAACUCUGUUAGAAUGCAUCUACCUUGUGGAGCUUUAGCUGGUUUAUUUGGUCAGACCAUCACUUACCCGUUGGAUGUUGUUAGGAGACAAAUGCAGGUAGAGAAUCUACAGCCUAUGACGAGUGAAGGUAACAACAAGCGUUACAAGAACACAUUUGAUGGGCUCAACACGAUUGUUCGAACUCAGGGUUGGAGACAGUUGUUUGCUGGUUUAAGCAUCAACUACAUCAAGAUUGUUCCAUCGGUUGCAAUUGGAUUCACGGUCUAUGAGUCAAUGAAGUCAUGGAUGCGGAUUCCACCGCGAGAAAGAUCAAAACCAGCAUGAGGAGGGUCUUUGCUCAUUCACUCUCUCUGAAAGAGAGACACAGAAGACAGAAGAACACAAAAUUGUUAGACAGAUUUUUUUACUUUAAAUUUUUGUAACUUCCUCUGGCACAUAAAAAUCCUUGAUAGUGAUUUAUUCUUUGAGAGUUAAUCAAAAAAAAAAAGUUGAUUGA